AUGUUCACAACGCUCCGCCGUUCAGCCCUUAUGGUGGUUCACUCCACUUUUCCUCGUGACCCACUGCGGUCCACGACGGGCCGGGAACCUUCAAUAGACAAGGACGUCAACCGGCCGAACCAAUAG